AUGUCGUACACCACUGUAAGGCCUGGACUCAAGGCCCCAUUCUGGCCAUCAAGAGGAACAGGUUUCAACUCCAAAGAUGAGGAAGAGCCAAGGAGGGUCCCCAAAAAAGAGCCUCUGGGUACGCCUAAACGCUCCCUUAGUUCCCUUACCCCCUUUGAUGCAGGAUCCUCAGUAAAGCAACCCAAGAUGGAGCUCCCAGAUCCUUAUAAGGGUGAUACAAGGGGACAAAAGGCCACGCAAUGGCUAGAUCAGAUGUUGCUUUGGGUUGCCCUUCACAGGGACCAAUUUGAUGAAGAGGAACAGAUGGUGGUAUGGAUUCUGUACCACAUGACAGACAAGGCUGCCAACUGGGCCCUCCCCAUCAUUGGGACUAUUAUCAAGGGCAAGGGUAACCCUCCUACCACCAUCCCGGCCUUAAUGGCCAAAUUCAAGGAGGCAUUUGCCAACCCCAACGCCAAACAGGCCGCUGCUAGAAAAAUAGCAGUACUCUCCCAGACCAUUACCACCUCCAAGUACGUCACAGAGUUCCGCAACCUCAUGGCGGAAUUAGACUGGAACAAGGAAGCUUAUAUUGCGCAAUUCAUGCAAGGCCUCCACUGGAAAGUCAAGGAGCUGUUGUCAACAAAGGACAACAUUCCCAAUGAACUCAAAGCCAUUUUUGCGGCUUCAAUCAAGAUAGACAAUACUUGCCACAAAAACAAGGAGAACCGCCCUAAAAAGGCACCUGCCAAGUCCCUGGCCACUGUGGCCACUUCCACCACCACCACCCGGGUCCAUCUAUCAGAGGACCCUGACUACAUCACUCCGGAAGAAAGGGAUUGCCAACGCGCAUCUGGGUUAUGCGUCAAGUGCGGGCAGAAGGGACACAGCAUCAAGCAGUGUCCAAAUGGCUGGAAGGCCACCAUCAAAGAGGUUGCCAAGCCCCUGGCCCAAUUAGAUGUGCAUGUAUUGGACUGUGAAUUUGUAUCUGUGGCCUUAGACUCUAAUAAAAAGCCUCUUUUAUUUAUUGAUCUACAUCUGCACAACUUCCCAACAGAAAAAAUAAAAACCCUGGUGGACUCAGGCGCCACCUCCAACUUCAUUUCCCCAACAAUUGUUGAAAAACUCAAAAUCCCAAAAUCCCAACUCAAAAAUCCACAAGUUGUGAGAAUGUUAGAUGGUACUAUUUCCCAGACUGGUUGCAUUUGGCACAAGGUUCACCUCACGGUCUUGGCCAAUGGCCAUACCCACACAAUACCCUUUCUAGUCUGUCCCAUUGGCAACACCUCAGCAAUACUAGGCAUGACUUGGCUAACAACAGAAGCACCACUCAUUGACUGGCAACAGGGUCUUAUCACCUUCCCUGAACAAAUCCAAAUUGCCUCAGAAGAAGAAGCUGACUUGGAUCCCUUAGCAAACCUCCCUCACCAAUAUCAUGAGUUUGCUAAGGUCUUUGGCAAGGAAGAAUUCAAGGUCCUCCCUCCACACAGGGAGUAUGAUAUCUCCAUAGACCUUAUUCCAGAUGCCAAACUUACGCCAGGGCCAAUUUACGGCAUGACCAAUGCAGAAUCCAAGGCACUAAAGCAACAUAUUUGUUGUGCACCACUGUAA